CACUCGGAGCGCGACGGGGACAGCGACGGCGCGAGGCGCAAGGCGCAGGUUGUCCUAAAACUGUAAUGGCAAACUUCAAGGGCCAUGCUCUCCCAGGGAGCUUCUUCUUGAUAAUUGGACUGUGGUGGUCAGUGAAGUACCCAUUAAAGUACUUUCACCAAAAAGGAAAACACAGCCAACCGACUCAUUAUUAUCGACGUCUGGAGAUCAUUGAGGCUGCCAUCAGAACUUUGUUUUCAGUCACUGGGAUCCUGGCAGAGCAGUUUGUUCCGGAUGGGCCCCACCUCCACCUGUACCAUGGAAAUGACUGGAUAAAGCUAAUGAACUGGCAGCACAGCACCAUGUAUAUAUUCUUUGCAGUCUCGGGAAUCAUUGACAUGCUCACCUUUCUCAGCACCCACAUUCCCUUGGGGCUGGACAAACUGUUUAUGGCUGUCGCAGCUUUCAAUGAAGGUUUUCUCUUCUACUACCAUGUUCACCACCGCCCGCCACUGGACCAGCACAUCCACUCGCUCCUGCUGUAUGCCAUCUUUGCUGGGACUUUCAGUAGCCUCUUAGAGAUAAUCUUUCGGGACAAUAUUGUGCUGGAACUUUUCCGAACCAGUCUUGUUAUUCUGCAGGGUACCUGGUUCUGGCAGAUUGGAUUUGUGCUAUUUCCACCUUUUGGAUCGGCUGAAUGGGACCAGAAAGAUGACGGAAACAUCAUGUUCGUCACCAUGUGCUUCUGCUGGCACUACUUGGCCUCCAUCUGCAUUAUGGCCGCCAGCUACACUCUUGUUUACUGCUUUAUGACUCGGCUAAAGAGACAGAGAGAAGGAGAAAUCAUUGGGAUUCAGAAGCUGACGUCAAAACACACUUACCAGAAAGCCCUCUUGAAUGGCUCAGAUGAGGAAUGAGAGGCAUCAUCAGCCAUUCUCAGAACCAGACAAUCUGUCCCUCUGAGCAUAGCGACCAGAGGUGCAGCACAUCUCUCUCCACAUGAAUGCUGCUUUCAAGGAUCUAUGUAUUGGAGUCUUCUCACAUAAUUGACGGGUCUGUAUUGGGUGGUAUCCAUAAAGAAAAAUGAAGGAAGCCUUUGUGUCUUGGUGUAAAGAGAAGUCAAAGGCCCUGAAAGUUUCAGCACAGGAAGUGGCCUCAUGAAUGAAUCCAGGAUAUAAAUCCUGCAGAACUUACCACUUUUGAUAAUCCUUUUUCUCUCCAGAAAGCAGGAACCUUCUUAUCAGAGUGAAUGACAGUGCCUUUAUUUUAGAGAUACAUUCCAACAUGUAUUUUUUAAAAGACAAGUCACAAGCUUUGGUAUUUUAAAUAUUGUUAUACAUCUCCUGGCCAGUGAAGUACUGGGUAGCAAUAGACUGCAAAUUGCACUAGGCUGGGUGGGAGGGGCUUGAAGUAGCUUUCAGUUUUACCUUGAGCCUGCUGUCUUAUUAAUCAUGCCAUUCCAGAGUAACGCAGUACCACUGCUGCUUAAGUGACAGCACUGGACCACACUAAUAACAAGGUAGAGAACAAUGCCAGGUUAUGGAAGUCUUUGAAUUUAAAUAUAGCUGAGAGUAAAGGACAAGAAUCCUGCAAAGAUCAUGAAUCCUGAACUAGUAACACAAAGUCUUGAUAUGCUACUCUAGGGCACUGGAUUUUUUUUUUAACUGCAACAAAUAUUUAUUAAACCUCUACUUUG